AUGUCACAGUCUUCAGCGGUUUUGCUAGAUGCGACUUCUGUUGGUACAGCUUCGCAUCCGUUGUCUCCACAGAGUAAAAACAAUGCAGCACCUCGUUUGCAAUGCAAGUUCUUCUUAACCCAGAAAAAAAGACGCUGCGGCAUGACACGCAAGGCUGAUUUGGAAUACUGUUCAGAACACUUGAAUCUUGUGAACCAUGAAGCUGGGUCAGGGAAAGGUCGCCGGAUUGCAUGUCCCAUCGAUCCACGUCACUCUGUUUGGGAAAAGGACGUAACACGACACAUUCGUAAAUGCAACACUGCGAAAAAAAACGUUGAGCCCGUGGAUUGCCCCUGGUACAAACUGAAUUACAAUUGGAAAUCUCCAAGUCCGGACGUUUCUCCCGAUGCCGUUGAAAAUGCGACCGUUUUGCAAGCAAUUAGUGUCCUGAACCAAUGUCACGACGAUCGUUUCAUUGAUACACCACUGCCGUUGGUGGUCAAACGCAACGAGUCCGUCGAAUCCCAAAGAUUCCCGCAGCUAUCAGGAUUUAAAAAACACGCACUGCAGCAGUCUUCAUUGAUUCAGCAUUUGAUCGAGAAUUUAAUGGCUUCCACUACACACGGCACUAAUUUCAUAGAGUUUGGAUGUGGACGUGCCGAGUUUUCCCGCUACGUCAACCGCGGAUUGUAUGACAAUCAUUCCCAGACCAAAAACCUCCCGCAAUCCAAAUUCAUACUCAUCGACCGGGCAUCAAACCGCAUGAAAUUCGACUCUAAAUUCAAAGACGAUUAUGACGAGCUGUAUUCGAGCGACAACGUCACAGAAUCGCGUGUCUACCCAGUGAUAGAACGCAAAAAAAUUGACAUCAAGGAUUUUUACAUCGACAACUUGCUACACGGUGACGAUCGACCCGCGGUAGCGAUUUCGAAACAUCUGUGCGGAGUGGCUACGGACUUGACCAUUGCCUGUUGUCUCAACAGCGAAGUUCUGCAUCUCAAGCAGAACAAACUUCGCGGCAUGGUCAUCGCGAUGUGCUGCAGACACGUUUGCGAUGCCCAGCAGUAUGUCAACCGGCCGUUUAUCGAAGACAUGCUACUAGACAAGGCUCCCAUUUCUUACUCGGAUUUUUUCAAUUCCUUGAAGAAGAUUGCAUCAUGGGCCGUGUGUGGUCGUAAACCUGGCACUUCGGACAAUGACGUUGGCAACCAUUUCACCGAUCUUCCUGUUUGUGAGCGUGAAAAGCUGGGUGAAAAGGCUAGAAGAAUCAUAGACGAAGGCCGUGCAGAAUACCUACGACAGAACGGUUAUGAAGCAACACUGGUCAAAUACAUUGAUCCCGAAGUAUCUCUCGAAAACGUUGCCAUGAUAGUUAACCGACUUUAG